UAUGUCUUCAGGAAAGCAGCUCGUUAAAGGCAAAAGUGGCUUGCGAAUGGUCGCUGUUUCUGAAAGUGAACGAUGCCCUUUCCUCCUGGAAGAGCCUCACUGGACAGAAGAUGCGCAGUUUCCAAAUUGUGUGAAGUGUAAUCGAAAAUUUGACUUCGGCCAUCGAAGGCACCAUUGCAGAAGAUGUGGAAAGAUUUUCUGUGGCAAGUGCUGCAACUAUAAUGUCAUGCUACCAAGGCUUAGUUUUGUUGACCCUGUCAGAGUCUGUGAGGAGUGUUCCCACAUUGCCAAACGUGAAGAGGAGUUUUUUGAAAGACAUUUGAAGACUCUGUGUAAUGGGGCUUAUUUUAUUAUUGAUGAAUCAGAACCCUUAAGAUUCCUUUGCAAACUUGAACAUCAUUCACAAAGAGAACUGCUUUUCGAGUGUUCUGAUCAAGAUAGAGCAGUCCAUGAGCCAGUGAUGUUGAUGAAAAUUGUUUCAGCUCAGCUUGUAGCUAGUGAAGACAACACUGGGGUCCGUGGUCUCAUUCUCAAGUACAAACGACAAGAUGAAAUGCAGGAGGUGAGACUCACAGUUGUGCAGUCACCUGAGGAACACAGAAAGCAAUCACUCACAUGGCUUGUUGCUAUGCAGAAAGCCAUUAAGAUGCUGUUUGAGGUUUGAAACAAGUUACUUAGUGGAAGAGAGAGCUGAAAAGAAAUAGAAUAUAAUUAACUGAUUUAUAGACCAUGAGAGUAACGAAGUAGAUGUACCCUUCACCAAAACAUGCAUUUUUGUCAAUAGGAAUCAGAAAUGAAUUUUCUGCAAGUUUUGUCUCAAAAGAAAUUUGAACAAAUACAUUGGUGCACUCUACGUGUACAGGAAAUUUUCCCAUCCAUGAUACAGAGGCUCACUGUAUGUUCAGUGGCUGGACAUUGCACUGUUUGUUGUUCAUCUGAAGCCAUAGAAUUGAAAGACAUUAAAAAUUUUGAAAGGGCUUUGGUGGUAAGGGUUAAUAAUUGAAAACAAAGUUUGGGAGUAUGGGCACAUUUUGGAGCAGUACUUGUUUGCAGAAAUUUAAUGUUAGCGACUCCCAGGGAUAAAGAGAAGAAUGAGUAAAUUACCAAAGUAAUAUAUUGAGACAGCAAACAUAAUCUUUGUUUUCGCAAGAAUCUGCCCAAUUUUUUACAGAGGCACCACUGUAAAGUUGUAAUUUUUGUUUAGCAAUAGGUUUAGGAAAUUAGCUUAUUGUAAAAACUUGCAGAUAAGCCACACCCGAGUUUUGGAAAAUAAAGUGUUGACAGAAAAAAUGUCAACAAGAAAUUGAAAGAAAUUCAAAGUGGAGUCUUACUCUACAUUGGCUGGUUCAUGGAAUGCACCCAUGUGAAGUCGCUUGCACUGAAAAUGGAGAAUGCUCUGAAUGCUUACCUUGGGUUUUUCCAGCAUUAGUAUCCAGUAUCAUUACCUUGUUUUUUUCAAUCCUGUCACAUUUUCAAUAGAAUAUGUCCAUAAUUCUUUCCUGGGAGCAAAAACAUACUGUCUGAUAUUAACUAAGGGGAAGCAUAUCAUUCAGAGAUAGGUACAUUUUGAGGGGGGGAAGGGUGGUAUGCUUUUGGGGGGUGCUCACUUUUGAGGGUUUUUUUUUUUUUUUUGUAUUGGGCUAGUUAACAAGGUAGCAUUGAUUUAGUCAUCUCUAAUUUUUGGUUGGAAAGGAAUUGAUAACGGCAUUGCCUUUCAGAUAGAUUACGGGGCUAAUUUUGAAAAGUAAUAAAUUUAUUUUGUAGUAAAAACGUUUGAUUACUUGAAAUAGGUUAAAUUUGCAUCCUUAAUGCACAAGCCAUUACUUGUGGUGACUGUCAUCAACCUUGAUAUUGAAUGAGUUACUUCUACAUGAGUUACGUGUAUCUAAAAAGUUUUUCAACAACCAAAUAAAGUCGCAGAGCUUAGUGAAUGUGAAUUUUGGUACAUGAAAACACCAGAUGCCUUAUAAUGGCUCCUUUAUAAAAAAAAUAUAUUUUCUGUAUCUGUAAGAAAUAACUCUUCCCAUUCAUAAAAGCCAAUGGCUUUCAAUUUAGGCAUUGUCAUGUGGAGAGGCUUACCCUUGGAAAUUUGACGAGAAUGAAUUGUAAUUAAUUUCAAAAGUUAAAAGUUCACUUAGACUGUACAUAGACAAAUAGUAUAUAAUUAGAAUUGUGUCUUGGUUUUUAGUAAUA